AUACGCUGGAGUUUUAAUCGAAUAGCUGUAAGCUCUUUGUGAAUGUGUGUAGCAUGUAUGUGUGUUUUCAAUAGACAUUUAGUUUUAGGCAAUAUUAAUGAAAAAAUUUAAUACUAAAAUAGCUUGUGAAAAUUUGCAAAUGUGUAUUUAAGAAAAGCGUAAGAAGUUUUGUAGGCUGGAGAUAUGAAGUGCCAAGUUUUGGUGCUUGAGAUCUAAUUGUCCCGCAACUGUAUAUUUUGUUGGAAAUUAAGAAAACAAUAUGGGCGAUGUUGAUCCCGAAACGUUGUUGGAAUGGUUAUCGAUGGGCCAAGGAGAUGAAAGGGACAUGCAAUUAAUCGCAUUAGAGCAGCUAUGUAUGCUUCUUUUAAUGUCCGAUAAUGUUGAUCGAUGUUUCGAAAGUUGUCCUCCUCGAACAUUUUUGCCAGCUUUAUGCAAGAUAUUUUUGGAUGAGCUUGCACCUGAAAAUGUUCUUGAAGUUACUGCACGCGCCAUAACCUAUUACCUAGAUGUUUCUGCGGAGUGUACACGAAGAAUUGUCUCCAUCGACGGCGCUAUUAAGGCCAUUUGUAACCGAUUGGUUGUUGCCGACUUAUCUUCACGUACAUCGCGUGAUCUUGCAGAGCAGUGUAUUAAAGUUCUUGAACUUAUAUGCAGUAGAGAAGCAGGAGCAGUUUUUGAGGGCAGCGGCUUAAAUUGUGUUUUGUCAUUUAUUCGGGAUUGUGGAUCCCAAGUUCAUAAAGACACACUACAUUCUGCCAUGUCUGUUGUUUCACGACUUUGCACUAAAGUGGAACCCAAUUCACCAUGUAUAGAUAACUGCGUGGAAAGUUUAAGCACUUUAUUACAACAUGAAGAUGCACUGGUAGCGGAUGGUGCUUUAAAAUGCUUUGCAUCUGUUGCAGAUCGCUUUACACGGAAAUGGGUUGACCCUGCACCUUUAGCUGAAUAUGGAUUAGUUGCUGAACUGCUCAAACGUCUAGAAAAUGCUGGUGGCGCCAAUAGUCACUCCUUAUCUACAUCUAAAUUAAGUGGGCCUGUACCCGCCAACCUAAAUUCAGACCGACUUAAUGAAAAUGUGUCAGGAUCAUCAUCGAACGCAGCAGGAAAAAUGCAAUCAAAUGAAUUCCGGUCGCCGCAAUCAAUAUCGACAACGAUUUCGCUGCUGUCUACAUUAUGUCGUGGUUCACCCUCUAUAACACGUGAUAUCUUAAGGUCUCCGUUACCUAAUGCUAUUGAAACAGCUCUAAAGGGGGAUGAACGCUGCGUUCUUGAUUGCAUGCGAUUUGCAGAUCUAUUACUUCUCCUCUUAUUUGAAGGUCGGCAAGCAUUAAACAGGGGCAGUGCUAAUAGUAAUCAAGGCCAAUUGGCUCCACGACCAAAACGAAAUGACUCCAGUACUGAUCGUACUCAUCGCCAGCUUAUAGACUGCAUACGAUCUAAAGAUACUGAAGCUUUGCAAGAGGCAAUCGAAACUUGCGGUGUUGAUGUAAAUUGUAUGGAUGACGUAGGGCAAACCCUAUUGAAUUGGGCAUCUGCUUUUGGUACUUUGGAGAUGGUUGAAUAUUUAUGUGAGAAGGGCGCGGAUGUGAACAAAGGGCAGAGGAGCUCAUCUCUUCACUAUGCUGCCUGUUUCGGUCGCCCCGGAAUAGCAAAAAUUUUACUUAAAUUUGGUGCUUAUCCAGAUUUACGCGAUGAAGAUGGAAAAACACCUCUUGAUAAAGCGCGUGAACGAUCAGAUGAUGGCCACCGCGAAGUUGCUGCAAUUUUGCAAUCUCCUGGUGAAUGGAUGUCUUCUGGAAAUAUACUGACAAAUAAGGAAGGACAAAUAUACACAUCUCUAGAACCGCGCGGUGAUCCUGAAAUGGCACCGGUAUAUUUAAAACUACUUUUGCCCAUACUCUGUCGAACAUUUCAGGGUUCUAUGCUUCCUAGUGUUCGACGAGCUAGUCUGAGUCUAAUUAAAAAGAUUGUUCAGUAUGCACAUCCUUCAGUUCUUAAAAAUAUUUGUAGAAAGCAUGAUGAGCCCACAACUUCAAUAGCCAUUCAAAGUGUUGGAAACUUGUUAACUGAAGUUAUCGCAAGCGUCUUGGACAGCGAGGAUGAUGAAGAUGGUCACGUAAUUAUAUUGAACAUUAUUGAGGAGCUGAUGUGUAAGACGCAAGAGGAAUUUAUUGAGCAUUUUGCGCGAUUGGGAGUAUUUUCUAAAGUACAAGCCUUGAUGGAUCAAAGCGGAGACAAUUCAUCACAAUUCGCGUCAGGCUCCCCAGAGUUUUCGUCAACACAAAAAGGAUCAACCUAUUGUAUGCCGAGUAGAUCAGUUUCAGAUGAUUUAGUGGAGGAUGCUAAAGAAAUUUUGCAAGGCAAACCCUAUCAUUGGCGGGACUGGAGCAUUUGUCGAGGUAGAGAUUGUUUAUACGUUUGGUCAGAUUCCGCUGCAUUAGAGCUUUCUAAUGGUUCCAAUGGCUGGUUUCGCUUUAUACUUGACGGAAAAUUAGCUACAAUGUACUCAAGCGGAAGCCCCGAAAAUGGAAAUGACAGCUCAGAAAAUCGAGGGGAGUUCCUGGAAAAACUAGUUCGAGCUCGAUCUAGCGUAAGUCCAGGCACGCCAUCACAGCCGAUCUUGCCAAAUGUAUGUGUACUAAGACUUGUUGUUGGAAAUUGGGUAUUGCAAUCUCAUAAACCUAAUCAGCUGCAAAUUCACAAUACAGAAGGUCAUCAAGUUACUAUACUACAAGAUGAUAUUCAAGGCUUUAUAUUUGAAAGUAACAGAGGAACAAAACAUUCGUUUACAGCUGAAACAACCUUAGGUGCCGAUUUUGCUUCAGGAUGGUCCACUGAGAAAAAAAAACGUUCCAAAUCAAAGACAGAUAUACAGAAAGUUCAAGUGUCAAACCUAUCUCGUGAAAUUUAUAAUAAAUAUUUUAAGUCCGCUCAAGUAAUACCGCGUGGAGCAGUAGCAAAGCUAACUGCUAUUGUGAAGCAAAUCAAUCUCGCUAUUGAAGAACAACGUGUGGCUUCUAAUAGUAAAUGGUCAAACACGUUGGUGACGGCAUUAACCAGUCUUUCAAAGUUAAUUCAUGAAGAUGGUGUUGUAAGUGCAUAUGAAAUGCAUUCUUCCGGCCUUGUUCAAGCUUUGGUUUCAGUUUUAUCUAAUAACUAUUGGGAAUUCAAUUUGUCACGUUGCAAAACUAAUAAAAUGCUAAAGGACCGCAUUGAUAUAUUUAAAAAAUGUAUUUUCGGAGAAUGCGAUGACUCCAAUAUAUAUAAUACAAAAAAUACGGCAAGCAUCCUCAUACAAAAACUUGUCGCUGUCUUAGAAAGUACUGAAAAAUUUCCAUUGUUCCUGUAUGAUGCUCCUGGCUCUGGUUACGGAUUACAAAUACUUCAAAAACGACUUCGCUUUCGACUGGAACGUGCGCCUUCUGAGAGUACUCUUUUUGAUAGAACGGGUCGGACAUUAAAAGUAGAACCCUUGGCAACAGUUGGACAACUCGCAAAAUACUUGCUAAAAAUGGUUGCCAAGCAAUGGUAUGACCUCGAUCGAUCUACAUUUUUAUACUUAAAACAGAUGCGUGAACAUAAACAAGGUAUUUCCUUUACGUACAAUUUUGAUUUUGAUGAAGAGGGCCUAAUUUACUACAUUGGAUCAAAUGGAAAAACGUGUGAGUGGGUCAAUCCUGCGCAAUACGGUCUGGUGCAAGUUACAAGUUCUGAGGGUAAAACUUUGCCCUAUGGAAAACUAGAAGAUAUACUGUCACGUGACGGCGUUUCCCUCAAUUGCCACACAAAAGAUAAUAAGAAGGCUUGGUUUUCAAUAGAUCUUGGAGUAUAUAUUCUACCUACCGCUUACACCUUGCGCCAUGCUAGAGGAUACGGUCGCUCCGCGCUAAGAAAUUGGCAUUUGCAAGCAUCAAAAGACGGAAUUAACUGGACUACACUCAUAAAUCAUGUUGAUGAUAAGAGUUUGUCAGAGCCAGGUAGUACAGCCACAUGGCCCAUAAUAUGUUCUUCUGAUGAUACAAAAGGAUAUCGCCACAUAAAAAUCCAACAAAAUGGUCGUAACGCCUCUAAUCAAACUCAUUAUUUGAGCUUAAGUGGAUUUGAAAUUUACGGACGUGUCGUAGGUGUUUGUGAUGAUAUAGGUAAAACCAUUAAAGAAGCGGAAGCGAAAACACGCAGAGAAAGACGUCAAAUUCGAGCUCAACUCAAACACAUUACCAGUGGAGCACGAGUAGUUCGCGGAGUUGAUUGGCGUUGGGAAGAUCAGGAUGGGUCUGGCGAAGGUACUGUCACUGGAGAAAUUCACAAUGGAUGGAUUGAUGUUAAAUGGGACCAUGGUGUAAGAAAUUCCUAUCGUAUGGGUGCAGAAGGUAAAUACGAUUUAAAAUUAGCUAACUUGGAGAAUGCCUCUAUUUUUGAAGGAGUUAAUUCAAUGCUACCAGUUUCUUCAGGACCUAAAAAAAUGGAUAAGACAAACGUGUUAGUUUCUCGAAAAUCUAGUUCAACCCCAUCGCUUCCUGAAGCUACUGAGAUAAAUAAAAAUUCUGAGGAUACAUCCAAUCAAACUGUUUCAGCUGAUAACCUAGCAUGGAAACAAACUGUAGAGACCAUAACAGAAAAUGUAUUUACCUCAGCAAAGACUCACAUAGCAACAAAUCAGUCGAGCACCGCUUCAGUAAAAGAAACACAAGCUAUAUUCAAAGAGGCAAUCUGCGAUCAACCUUCCCUGGUAACAUCGAAUAUUCCAUCACCGUUAAUUCGUGAAUUACAACACAUUGCGGACUUAUCUACAAUAAAUAAUUCAAUGCCUGCGAUUAACUUAAACAAUGUGUCAGACUUGGCUACAAUUUCAGAAAAUUUGUCAAUUGUUGAGCUUUCAAAAGAAAGUAGCAGCACAAAUCAAACUGAACAUAAAUCAAGUGAAAAUAAUUCUAUCGUAUCAAACGACGUGAAACGAAAGCCGUAUAUAGAAGAAAACAAUAAAAUGAAUGUAAAUAACUCUGUCAAUAAUUUGGCAAAAGGACUCUUGAUAAAUUUAAGGCAGAUUAAUUCAGCUAGUUCUCAUUGUCUUUCUCAGUUUCCUACAGAACCUCGAGAUAUUAUUGAUAAAAUGCGUGAUGGUGUAGACAUGUUACGCAACAAUACUAAUAAUAUACUGUCUGCAGAUGAAUCACACAUACCUCGAUCAAGCGUGUCAGCAGCUCCAAAGGAAAAUGCCAAGUUCUCGGUAUUAAUACAACCUGAAACUUCUCAAAAAUCUGAAAUAUUAGAUGGUGUAGGUAACGAAUCUGUGAAUUCCUCCACUCCAAAUAAAAACCUUUCUAAUUCAGAAGCUCCACAACCAUCAACUUUUCCUGGUCAAAUCGAGAACAUUAUAAGCCCCCAGGUUACAAAUGAAGUUGUCUCCGUUCCUAACCAAAUGAGUAUCAGUGUGCCCAAUUUAACAACAUCGUCUGAAGUAUCAUCGACAUCAGAAGUUGCUGUUCAUACUGGUCUAUUAGAAACAUUCACAGCUAUUGCACGUCGUAGAACUUCACAAGACACAAGCAAUGAUGCAAAUCAGUCAAAUAAUGCAAUUGCUAAUAAAAAUGAGCAUAGUAAUCAAAACGUUGGAACAGGUUCAUUUUUUGCCAGAGGACCUAACUCCGUAACAAGCUUAGUAAAACUAGCUCUAUCUAGCAAUUUCCAUUCUGGAUUAUUAAGUACAGCGCAAAGUUAUCCUAGCCUCUCAUCUAACAAUGGAGAAAAUGCUUCAUCGAAUCCAACUAAUAAAAAAGUUGGUCAGCAACCUACUUCGUCCAUUAAUCCAACGUUAACAAUGAGUUUAACUUCUACAUCAAGUGAUAGCGAACAAGUUUCCUUAGAAGACUUUUUAGAAAGUUGUAGAGCUCCGACAUUGCUGGGCGAUAUGGAAGAUGAAGAUGAUAUGGAAGAAGAAAAUGAUGAGGAAGAAAACGAGGACGAAUAUGAAGAAGUAGGAAAUACACUUUUACAGGUUAUGGUAUCUCGUAACCUUUUAACAUUUAUGGAUGAUGAGUCCCUGGAAAAUAGAUUAGCAGGUGUAAGCAAGCGUAAAUCAUGGGAUGAUGAAUUUGUUUUAAAAAGACAAUUUUCAGCCUUGAUACCAGCUUUUGAUCCUAGACCAGGUCGUACAAAUGUCAAUCAGACUUCCGAUUUGGAAAUUUGUCCACCAGACACAAAUCUGGAAACUUCUCAACAAAGUGGGCAAAUAAUUCCUGAGCAAACAAAGCUUAGCUUAAAGUUGCGUGGGCCAGGUGUCGGCGGGAUUCCUGACGUUGAAAUUGAUUUGGAUAAUAGUGAGUGGACUAUAUUUAGAGCAGUACAAGAACUAUUACAAAACAGUCAAAUAAACAAAAAUGACAAAUUUCGCAAAUUAUGGGAGCCGACCUAUACAAUUAUUUAUCGUGAAACAUAUCCAACUGUUCAGGAAUGUUCAUAUAUCGAAUCUGAAGGACAAAAAACACCAGGAGUUUCAUCGAGAAGUGGUGCUUCGACAUUAUCGCCGAAUUCCCCAGUCCAUGGUGGCAUAACUGAUAAUAACCUAUGCUCAGUAGAGGAUGUUUUAGAGCUACUUACACAAAUAAACACACUAAAUCAAUAUGAAAUUGAAUCCGACGAUAAUACCGCAUCAUUGCAAAAAGAUUCAUAUUUACCAGCUGAGCUAUUUAUGAGCAAAAAGAUUACAAAUAAAUUACAGCAGCAAAUUCAUGAUCCUCUUGUUCUUUCAAGCAACGCUCUGCCCAAUUGGUGUGAGGACUUAAAUCAAUCGUGUCCUUUUUUAUUUCCGUUCGAGACUCGACAAUUAUAUUUUAAUUGUACUGCAUUUGGAGCAUCCAGAAGUAUAGUCUGCUUACAAUCUCAACGUGAUAUGACAACUGAACGGCAAAGAGUUCCCAUUAUGAGUCCACGUCGAGACGAUCAACAUGACUUCCGUGUUGGUAGAUUAAAACACGAGCGUGUAAAAGUUCCACGGAAUAAAGAUUUACUUAAGUGGGCUAUUCAAGUCAUGAAGGCACAUUGUAAUCGAAAGUCUGUGCUAGAAGUCGAGUUUUUAGAUGAAGAGGGAACUGGGCUGGGGCCAACACUUGAAUUCUAUGCUUUAGUAGCUGCAGAAAUUCAACGAUCUGAUUUAUGUAUGUGGCUAUGUGAUGAUGAAUAUAGUGAAACUCAUAACGAACCUCAAUUUCACAACAUAGAAGAUGGUUCGAAACCAAUUGGAUAUUACGUAAAUAGACGCGAGCACGGAUUGUUCCCAGCUCCCCUGCCACAAGAUUCAGAACUCUGUGAGCAGGUUUCAAAAUACUUUUGGUUUUUCGGCGUUUUUAUUGCUAAAGUAUUGCAGGAUAUGCGACUUGUUGAUAUGCCCUUGUCCAACUCAUUUUUACAAUUACUUUGUCAUAACAAAGUAUUAUCUCGAAAUGAUUUAAAGCUUAAAUCAAAAUCACGUUUCCAAGAUCUGAUGGCGAGCUCAGUUGUUUCAAAAGAUGCCGAGCUUGCAAAUAUAUAUGCACAAUUUUUAAACGGGGAUCUUACACAGUGCAACUGGAUCAAUGGAAUACUUAAUAUUGAAAACUUGAAUGAAAUUGAUCCAACACGUUAUCAAUUUUUAAUUGAACUACAGGACUUGUUAAUGCGUAAACAAGCUAUUGAUAUAGAUGACACUUUAAACUUUGAGGAAAAACAAAAGUUGAUCAAUAAUCUUAAAUUGCGCACUAAAAAUGAUAUUGAAGUAUCUCUGGAAGACUUAGGCCUCACAUUUACUUAUUUGCCAAGCUCAUCUGUGUAUGGAUAUGCAUACGCAGAGCUUAUUCCAAAUGGAUAUUUAACUGAAGUCAAUAUAAAUAACCUUGAAGCAUAUUGGGAAUUGCUAGUAAACUUUAUGUUGCAUGAUGGUAUUGCAAAGCAAAUGCAGGCAUUCUAUGAUGGGUUCUGCGAAGUAUUUCCGUUAAAUAAAUUGGCCGCAUUUAACCCGUCUGAAGCUAGAAUGAUGAUAUGUGGAGAGCAAUGUCCUCAAUGGAGUCGCGAGGACCUAAUGGCUUACACUGAGCCCAAAUUAGGCUAUUCCAAGGAUAGUCCUGGAUUUUUGCGUUUUGUUAAUGUUCUUUUGAGCUUAUCGGGCGCUGAACGGAAAGCAUUUUUGCAAUUUACUACGGGCUGUAGUAGCCUGCCUCCGGGAGGAUUGGCUAAUUUACAUCCUAGGCUUACAGUCGUAAGAAAAGUGGAUGCUGGACAAGGAAGUUAUCCAUCUGUGAAUACUUGCGUUCAUUACCUUAAGCUUCCGGACUACCCAUCUGAGGAAAUUAUGAAGGAUCGAUUAUUAACAGCAACGAAGGAAAAAGGGUUUCAUUUAAAUUAAAAAAGUAUUUUUAUUAUUUUCUUUGUUAAUUAAAAAUGGCUUAGAUCUUUUAAAAAUCGUACUAUAUCUGUAAAUACUAAACGUUCUGGUAAAACACAAUAACAAUUAAUGUCAGAAGCAUUGUAAAUGAAUUAUUACAUAAUUAUCUAAUCUAACUUAUCACAAAACAAAAAAAAUAGAAAAAAAUUGAGCAUUUGGCGGAUAAUUACUUGAAUUAAUAAACUGCCUUUAAUGUUGAA